AUGGGUUUUACUUUGAUAGUAAAGAGAUCGAACGUUCAAUGUAUUACUCGAACAAACCCCCUUCAUAUUGUUUGUUUUAAUAGUAAAAGGCACGUCAUUAGUAAUAGGAGAACUCUUAAUGAAAAGCAACGUAUUGAAAGAAAUUAUAACACUGUCAUAAAUUCACAAGAAAGCACCUCGAGAAAGAGUCAAAAUACACAAACGAGACGAACUCCAUCACCUCAAUCAUCACCAAUUCCCUCAGAAAUACUUCGAGCCUCAUUACAAUUUGUGCCCGAAUAUGGGUGGUCAGUAGAAUCGUUAUCACAUGGCGCAAAUUCACUGGGAUUCCCUUCGGUUAGCCAUGGACUAUUUCCGAGAGGCGGUUUGGAUUUGAUUGAUUACUUUUUGGAGGAUUCUCGGAGGAAGAUGGUGUCUGAAUUGAACAAUAAGAUGGACGGUUUAAGAAUACCACAAAAGAUUAUGCUGGCAUGUGAAACUAGGUUAAAUUUCACAAAACCUUAUAUUAAAAAGUGGCCGGAGGCGCUUGCACUGAUGUCACAUCCAGCUUAUGUGCCAAUGUCUGUUGAACAUCUCGCAAAGUUGGUUGAUGAUAUGUGGUAUUUGGCCGGUGAUAAAAGUGCUGAUGUAAAGUGUUCUCCGUCGAUCAUUUAUCGUAUUGUGUCAAUGUUUGGUUCUGCUCGUAAGAAAUCAACAUGUGAAACUAUUUUGAACAAUUUAGAAUUGUAUAUGACACAAGAUCUAUCACCAGAUUAUAUUGGGACGCGUCAAUUUCUAAGUAGGAGAUUGCAAGAUAUCGCGACCUUUGGAAAGACGGUUAAUGAAAUUAAUACCUUUGUUGAAUUCACCACAAGGUCUUUUAUAGGAAUACUUGCCUCAAAAGGCAUUGGAAGGUUCG